CCUCAGAACACUGGACUAUGACUUGCUAAAGCGUCACGCUAAACUUGUUGCAGCUGUUUUACUCUAGAGCAGAAGCAAUGGAGAUUCCUGUAUUUACUGUUGAUGCUUUUACUAACUUACCUUUCAAAGGUAAUCCUGCUGCAAUAUGUCUUAUAGAGAAUGAGCUGAGAGAUGAUCUUUAUCAGAGCAUUGCUGCUGAGAUGAAUUUAUCAGAGACUGCUUUCAUCACAAAACUGAAUUCUAUGGAUUUCUCCUCAGGUGCAAGGUUUGGAUUACGCUGGUUUACUCCCACAAGUGAGAUUCCACUGUGUGGACAUGCAACACUGGCCUCAGCAGCAGUUCUCUUUUACCUGAAAAAAAAUGUCAACCCUGUACUGGUGUUUGAGACUAUGAGUGGAGAGCUUAAUGUGCGCCAGCAUGAAGAAUCUCUAAUAAUGGACUUUCCCUUAAACAAACCAAACCCCCAGGAUCAGCAUGAAAUCAAGGAUCUUUUGAAAGCCGCAGUAGGAGAUGUGCCCAUUCAGGAAGUGUGCUACAGUCCAACCACAAGCAAACUGAUGAUUCGUUUGGCUGACACAUGUAACAGAUCUCAACUAACAUCUUUGAAGCCUGAAGCAGAAGCUCUGCUGAAAAAUGAAUCCACUGGGAAGAUUAAAGGUGUCAUUGUUACAAUGAAGGGAGCUCCAACCGCACAACCUGGAUAUGACUUCUAUUCCCGUUACUUUGCUCCUUGGGUUGGGAUCCCUGAAGAUCCAGUCUGUGGUUCUGCGCAUACGGUUCUUGCUGCCUACUGGUCUGAAAAGCUGAAGAAAAAGAAAAUGCUGGCCUAUCAGUGCUCCAGUCGUGGGGGAGAGCUUGGGCUGGAGGUUAGAGAUGAUGGUCGACUCAACAUCAGUGGUCAGGCACAGAUCGUUCUUCAGGGAACUCUUAAAAUCUAGACAACCUAUAAAACCUUCUCACUGAAUGAGUGAAUAGGUUAAGGAAAUAAGUCAAUUUUCUUUCGCAAAGAUCCACAGACUGUUAUUUUUUUUCGUAUGCUGAAUGGACAAAUGUGGUUACUUGUGUGCCAAAAUACAAUAAAAAUUAUUGUCUGAAUAAAUUAAUAAAUAAUAAACUAAUAAAUUAAAUCUGAA